CUUUAAUUCAAGUUUUAUUACAUUUUUAUUGUUAUUAUAAAACUUCAUAUUAUAGUGUCAUUCAAUUUAAUAUGAAUUAUAUUCUAUAGUUUUAAAUAAUUAUUUAAUUAAUCGCACAUUUAGUUGUUUUCUUAAACACACCAAGAAAAUAAUGGACACAAACCGAGACUGGGGUUCAUUCCCGAGACAGGGAUACGACGACUACUCCAACACUAAUAACAAUAUGACCGACAAUAGGAUGGCGUCGGAGAACCUAAUGACAACACAGACCUCCAACUCACAGCCCCUGACCGCCGGUCGACCCCCACCCCCGCCGCCACAACAGCCCACUAGCAGUCACUUGGAUUUCCUGUGGAUUCACGUCAACAAAGAGUUGUUUAUAUCAAAGAUUUUCUACUUCUUCUUCUUCUCGGCUUUCGGUUCACUCUUUCCACUAAUGGCUGUAUAUUUCAAACAAUUAGGAAUGAAUGCAAUACAGGCCGGUACACUAAUAGGCAUUCGGCCGUUCGUGGAGUUCUUGGCGGCGCCCUUCUGGUCAUCACUGGCCGAUCGGUUCCACAAAAGCAAACUCUUUCUCCUGUUUUCUCUGGUCUGUUGGAUAGUCUUCACGUUCAGCCUGGCC